AUGGAUAAGUCUGAAGAGAGUUGGCUUUUCGUGCUCUGCUCCAGGAACCUUGCCAGAAUGUCUAUCAAAGCAGUGAUUUUCGACUUGGGUGGAGUGCUGAUAGACACACCAUCACAGUCGUGGACAGAUCUGGAGAAAAAUCGAGGAUUUGAUAGAGGUGCAUUCUUGUCGAUUCUCAGUUUACCAGUUUUCCAAGAUCAUCUAGACGAGCUGGAAAGAGGGAUAGUUAGCGCAGAAGAAUUUGAUUCAAUGUUUACAGAUCAUUGCAAUAAGAAGUGUGGACGCAGCGACACAUUUAUUCCUCUUAUUACAACUUUCAUCAAAGGAAUCCAUGAAAUGAAAAUAUUUCCAGUGAUGAUUAAACUAUUGAAGGAUUUGCGUUCAGCUGGCUAUAAAACUGCUCUUCUUACAAACAAUGCUUUUGCGGAUCGCGCUCGGCUGGCACCUACUCUUCCAAAGGAAACUGAGAGCUACUUUGACGUAAUAGUGGAGUCUUGCAGGCUUGGGAUCCGAAAACCAGAAAGUGUCAUAUAUGAGCACGCAUGCGGUCAGCUAGAGUCAAGGCCUGAAGACUGCAUGUUCCUUGAUGACCUCGACGUCAAUCUUACAGCAGCAAGAAAAAUGGGCAUCACUACUGUAAAAGUGAUUUCACCAAUCAGUACUGCUGCACAAGUGAGGAGGUUACUAAAUUUGAAACAGACCUCUUGAAAUGGAAUAAACUUGAAAGCAACUUUUUCUUCCUACUAAUCAAGCAUGUGUAGAAUUAAGUCAUUAACUCUUUUAUUCGUCUUUCACCAAUCCUAUCCAGCUUGAAAUC